UGCAUGAGGGCUUAAAUUCAUCCGUUAGUUAUGCUUAAACAAAGGCAUGCAUGCAUAUUGCCUAUACAAGUUCUUCCUACAAGUAUAAAUCGCUAGUUCUGAAGUUAUCCCACUAAAGAAUAAAUUAUAACUCACAAACUAUCAAAAAUAACAAAAAAUGGAGGCACUUAUACAAUUUGAUCAAGACUACUCCAAAUACUACACCUGCAUCAUGGAAGCCCUUAAUUCACUUUCCUACUUCCAGAUCACCAUUUCCCUUCUCUUGAUCUUCGCCGUUAUUUACAUUACUAGAAGGCAAUCCCAUGUUUACCUCGUUGAUUUUUCGUGUUUUCAAGCUCCGGCAUUCCACCGUAUUUCGGUGGGUGCUUUUAUUGAACACUCAGCGCUACGAGAGGAACAGUUCAAUACAACAGAAGUAAACGAGUUUGAAAAGAAAGUAAUCGUAAGAUCAGGAAUGGGGAAUGAGACUUAUUGUGCUGAAGGUUCGGAUUUUAUUCCUUCUGAUAAUUCUUUGAAGCAAGCAAUGAUAGAAGUAAAACUUGUGCUCUUCACAGUUGUUGAAACACUCCUUAAGAAACACAAGAUUAACCCAAAAAGCAUUGAUAUUCUUGUAACUAAUUGCAGCAUUAAUUGCCCAACACCUUCAUUAUCUUCUUUGGUUAUAAAUAAAUUUGGAUUUAGAAGCAAUAUAAGGAGCUUUCAUCUCUCAGGAAUGGGGUGUAGUGCUGGAAUCCUUGCUAUUAGCUUGGCUAAAGACUUGCUUAAAGUUCAUAAAAACUCCUUGGCUUUAGUGCUCAGCACUGAGACUAUUAGCUCUAAUGUUUAUCUAGGCAAGCAAAAGUCUAUGCUCCUUGCUAACUGCUUGUUUCGAAUUGGGGGUGCCGGCAUUUUGCUCUCCAAUCGGAAAUGUGAUAGAAAAGUAGCCAAGUAUGAGCUCCAACACAUUGUCCGAACCCAUCUUGGUGCCAAGGACGAUGCUUAUACGUGCGUAUUUCAGAAAGCUGAUGAGGAUGGCAAGGUAGGGGUACGUCUCUCUAGAACAGUAGUCCAUGUAGCAGGGGAAGUGUUGAAAACCAACUUGACCACCCUAGGACCUCUAGUGUUACCCUACUCAGAGCAAAUACAAUUUGCCCUUCAUUUUGUGUGGACAAAGUUUUGGCCACGGACUAAGAAGCAAGCUCCCUAUGUCCCUAACUUUAAGAAGGCGUUCGACCAUUUUUGCAUCCACGCAGGAGGGAAGGCGGUGGUCGACGCGAUCAAAGAAAGGUUAAGUUUGAGUGAAUGGGAUGUUGAGGCAUCUAAGAUGACAUUAUAUAGGUAUGGUAACACUUCAUCUUCCUCAACAUGGUACUCUUUAUGUUACCUUGAAGCUAAAGGGAGAGUUAAAAAGGGUGAUAAAGUUUUCCAAAUAUGUUUUGGGAGUGGAUUUAAGUGUAAUAGUGCUGUUUGGAAGCGUAUAUCUAAGGUAGUAAGCAAGGAAGUCUGUAAUGCAUGGUCUGAUAGAAUAAAUAGGUACCCUAUUGAUGUACCUGAAAUUAUUGAGCACUAAAUUACUUUGAAUUUUAUUGAAGCAGGGUACAUUCUUUCUAUAGCUAAA